AAAAAUCGAUUUUCUCGAUGUCUCGUGUUGCUUGUGGUUUGCGCAUGCUUCUUAUCAACAUCAUGUUGCCACAAUAUUAAUCUCCCGUGCUCAAAGAGAUGGUUUCAUGGUGUCCGGUUUCAGGACAGACUUGCCUUGUGGUUUGCAUCUCGACCGACGCGAGUGGCCAUCGAUCUAAAGAACAUGGCUUAUGCUCAUACCGUCUUGGUAGGUUUCGUUGUUCGAAGGUACUUCUAGUGCCGUCUUUGUUCGUGGUGAAGUCUGCUUUUGUGGAAUGUGUAGACGCUCUUACUAUUGUUCUCCACACGUUGAUAUUGUUUACGUCUGGGGCAGUCGAAGCCUAGGCAACACGCUUGCGAACAAAGGCAAACGCACAACGUGCCCACAGUUCUGCUGGCAACGUUGGCAAUCUUUGCGAUCAAUGAGCUAUGCCGUGAAUACUGAACCCAAUCAUAAGCGAGCAAGCCAGU